AAAGCGGAAGCUGUCUCUAGUUCUUAGCCAGAUAGCAAACGUUAGCUAGGUAUUUUAAAACUCGUUGCUGGCAACAAUUCUAUAUUAAGGGGCUGUGUAUUUUAUUUCUAAUAUCUUAUCUGUGGCUUAAUCAGUUGUGUUGCUUCGCUGGCUAUCGCCCUAGUUUCGUUUCUCAAUCAUAGUGAGCUAGAAAAGUGGAUUAGCUAAUAUGGCACGUGAAAGGGUCGACAUUGUUUACAGUAUAAGUCAGUAAGUACAUCUAGCGAGCUACAUUCACAAGUAUCAAAGGUACAUUUGCUUGCACGUGAGCACACGUUUGCAAAGCUGCAUUUUAUGAUAUCUAACUGAACUAAGGGAACUGCUUGAAACUCGCUAACGUUAUCAACAGUACUGUCUUUAGAGAUUAUUGGUGAUCAGAGUUACAGCUAAUUUAUCUAAAUUGGCUCGUACGUUAUCAGAGGUUCGCACUUUUAAACAGAAUAUUUCCAAGCUGAUGAUGAAUCCCGAGUUUUGGAAUGGCAACAGAAUCUACGGCCGGGUCUGACGCGCAAGAGGCCACAUGGCACAUUGGUGACAGAUGUUUGGCUCCUCACCCAAGGGACAAGCGUUUUUGUGAAGCCACUGUCCAGCGGCUGGCCGUCACAGAGCUCGGGCUGCCCGGGGCCCUGGUGAGGUUUACCUGCCAUUACGAUGACGAAGACGACGAUGAAGAGGACAAACAUUUUCCCUUGUCAGAACUCCGGAAGGCUGCAACUACUUUGUACGAGAAACCCCUUUUCCACAACACCCAGUCGCUGCCCAGUGCCUCGGUGCCAUACGCGCUUUCCGGCAAUGAUGCGAGCAUUCCGUAUACCAUCAACCGGUAUCUACGGGACUACCAGCGAGAGGGAGCCAAAUUCAUCUAUCGCAGUUAUGCCCGUGGCACGGGGUGCAUUCUGGGAGAUGACAUGGGCCUUGGAAAAACAAUACAGGUGAUUGCAUUCCUGGCUGCAGCGCUACGCAAAACUGGGACGUGGCAGGACAUCGAGAACAAUGCCCCCCAGUUCUUACUGUCCCAGGCGUCGUCAGAGAAGCGCAAAACCCAAAAGGUGUUCCUGGUUGUGGCCCCCCUCUCGGUGCUCUACAACUGGAAGGACGAGCUGGACACUUGGGGCCACUUCCAGAGCCUCAUCGUGCACGGGGCCAGGAAGGACGAGGAGUUCGCCCGCCUGCGAAGGGCCCGGUGCGAGGUCGCCCUGACGACCUACGAGACCCUCCGCCUCUGCCUGGAGCAGUUCAACAGCAUCGACUGGUCAGCGGUGAUUGUGGACGAGGCCCACAAGAUUAAAAACCCCAACUCCCAGAUCACCCAGGCCAUGAAGGGGAUGAGGUGCAAGGUUCGAGUGGGCCUGACCGGAACCAUCCUGCAGAAUAACCUGGAGGAGCUGUGGUGUGUCAUGGACUGGGCUGUCCCCGGCUGCCUGGGCUCGCUGGGUCAUUUUAAGACCCGGUUUGCCGACCCGAUCGAGCUCGGACAGAAGCACAGCAACACCAAGCGGGCCCUGGCCUCCGGCCGCCGGGCGGUGGAGCUGCUGGCCCGCAGGCUGUCGCGCUGCUUCCUCCGCAGGACCAAAGGGCUCAUCAGCGACCAGCUCCCCAGGAAAGACGACAGGGUGGUGUACUGCUCGAUGACGGAGUUCCAGGAGGCCGUAUACCGUGCGGUGUUGGACAGUGAGGACGUCAGCCUCAUGCUGCGCAGCGGAGAAAAGUGCGCCUGCUCCAGCGGCCGACUGCGGAAGAAGUGCUGCUUCAAGAAGAACUCAAAGGGUGUGCCUGUGAGAUUCCUCUACUUCAGCUAUCUGGCCAUACUGAGGAAGCUCUCCAAUCAUGUGGCUCUGCUGCAGCCUACAGGAGGCAGCAGCAAGAAGCAGGAGCAGUACGUAAACGAGAUCUGUGAAAAGGUCUUCCAGAAGUUUCCGGAAUUCGUGCAGCGACAGCGGGAGGCGGCGUUUGAGGCGAUGUCAGACCCUGUGUACAGCGGGAAAAUGAAGGUUCUGCAGAAACUCCUGAAGCACUUUGUGAAAAAUAAGGACAAGGUGCUUCUCUUCUCUCUCUCCACCAAGCUCCUGGACAUCCUGGAGAGCCACUGCAUGGCGGAGGGGGUGGAGUUCAGUCGGCUGGACGGGAACACCAAAGCCAAGGAGCGAGUGAAAAUCGUCCGGGAGUUCAACAGCUCUCCGGACAUCAACCUCUGCCUGGUGUCCACCAUGGCUGGUGGACUUGGCCUGAAUUUUGUGGGGGCGAAUAUUGUGGUGCUGUUUGACCCCACCUGGAACCCAGCCAAUGACCUGCAAGCUAUCGACAGGGCAUAUCGCAUUGGCCAGUGCAGGGACGUGACAGUGUUCAGGCUCAUAUCUCUGGGCAGUGUUGAGGAGGUGAUCUACCUGCGGCAGGUCUAUAAGCAGCAACUGCAGUCCUCGGUGGUGGGGAAGGAACACGCCAGGCGCUACUUCGAAGCCGUGCAGGGCUCCGACGACCACCGGGGGGAGCUGUUCGGGAUCCGCAACCUCUUCCGCCUGCAGACCAGUGGUACCUGCCUCACCAGGCAGAUCCUGGAGAGGGAGGGUCAUGUGGAGGCAGGGAUGCUGACGGCCAGGACAUGUACUGGAGCGGAGGAGGAGAACACGCCCGAGGAGCAGCCGGGGGUGUUGGAGCAGGGGGCGGGCCCUGUCGCGGGGACAGCCAUGGCGAUUCUGGACUUCAGCAGCGGCAGCGAGGGGGAGGACGGUGAUGAGGAAGGGCGAGGGCGCGGCGGGAGGAGGCGAGUGGCGGAUCAGGGCCCCGCCCCCAGCGGUCCCGCCCACCCGCGCCUCAGCCUACUCCAGCACGGCUUCUCCAGACUCCUCCUGGGGGGCGGGGCUGGCCGGGGCGGUGAGGGCCACAGCCAGGAGGAGUUUGGGGGGCGGAACGAUGACCCGCCCCUCAGACGACCGGCCGCCGACCAGGGGCAGGACUGCAUUAUGUCAAGCGACUCAGACAGGGAGGGGGUGGAGGGAGGGGCGGGACCUGACCAGAGGGGGCGUCCCGAGACCAGGGGGAUGCCUUCCUCCUCCUCCUCCUCCUCCUCCUCGGAGGGGUAUGGGAAGCACAGGAAAAGGAGAAAGCGGGGCGGUCAGGACGGGGAUGCUUCACAAAGCGACGGGUCCCCCUCAAACCGGGCCGGGGAGUCGAAACAGAGCCCCCGCAGGGCUGACUACGACACAGACGAGUCCGGCUGCAUCGAGCCGCUGAAACCCGUCGCCACGGCGACCAGGCGGAGCGCCCCGCACGUCCGGUUCAGGAAGUCGCCCGACAUCCAGAGCUUCACCUCGUCUGAGGACGACCUUCCCGCCCAAACGGCGCGGCGGGGGUGUGGGCGGAGCCACUUCACCGCGCUGAAGAGCCCCCGCUGUCCGGACCCGCCCCCGUCACCGGGGCAACGGUCCGGGGCCGCCGCCGGAACCAUCGACAGAUUGCUGGGCGGGGUGUGUGAGGUGGCGUACACGCACUCCAACCAGCGCGUGGUGGGGGCCAGCAGGGCCGAGGACCGCAUCAGCCGAGCCGCCCUACGGCACGUCUUCCAGUGCAGGAAGUACUCGCAGGUCACAGCCAAUCAGCUCCUGGACAGCAUGGAGGUCCUUUCAGAACACACGCAGUCCCUCUCUCCUCCAGAGCAGACAGGUUCGGGGGGGCGGAGAGAGGGGGCCCGUGACGGACAGCGCGUGGAACACCCAGUCACACACACCCUGAGGGCGAUCCGCCACACCCAAAACACCACCGUCAUCAUGGGAGAGACGCCCAGCGCCAUCUGCAGGAAGCAGCUGGAGAACAUGGCGUGCUUCUUCCAAGCUGCGUCAGCGGCGGACUUCGCCCGGGGCGUACUGAGGAGCACGUCAGCACAGCGACAGGCCCGGCUGGGGCUCUUCUACCGCAGCCAGAACCCGGCGCUCGGUGCGUUCCUGGACCGGAUGCUUCCGGAACCACUGACACCACAGCAGGAUCCGGGGGACCCGGCACCUGGGCCUUCCUCGUCGUCCUCCUCUGCGGGGGGGAAGAGGAGGCCCGGUUCUGGAAAGUUCCACCGAGCGGCUGCAUCCGAUAUUCGCGCCAAGGUCCCGGUCCCGUACCCGGCAGAACCGAGUCAUGAUGAGGGCAGGGUCGGGGGAGAGGUGUCUGGGCGUCCCCCACCCCAAAAAGGGUCGCUUCUCCCCCAGAGAGAGACUGAGAUCGCAGGGCCCGGCCCCAAAGCCAGUCCCGGGCCCUCGGCACAGCCGGGUCAGUGGAUGGAGUCCACGGGGACCAGGCGGGGGAAGCCCGAAUCUCUGACUGACCUGAUAGGGGACACCUCUGUGCUGGACGACCUGUUUAGACCCCAGGCCAAAGCUACGGCCGCCACCUCCGGGCAGCUCCCGGCCCCAGCCCAGAGGAAGGCCCGCCGCAAAGACUUCUGGGACAUCCUGAACGACGGGGACGAGGAGAGCCUCAACCGGCUGGCAGAUCUGUCCCGGGCGGAGAAGAUCUGUCGCCACGCAGGGGGGGCUGCGACCACCAAGCCCAAAAGUGAAGCUGCCAACCACGACGGCGCUCAGCUCUGGAAAAAGAACGAAAACUUUCUGUGGAAGAGAUGAGGUGAGGGAGAGGGAGAGAGGGAGAGAGAGAGGGGGGGAGAGAGAGUGCGAGAGAGAGUGCGAGAGUGAGAGAGAGGGAGGGAGAGAGAGAGAAUCCCUAAAAGUGGACACGGAUUCCCGUUAUUUUUAGCGGAUCUCAUAAAAUCAUUUGAAGAGCUUUAAUAACCGUUUAUGGCACCAGUAAGAUCGCUGACACACAUUUCCAUCAGUUUUCAGAACAAGGUCCUUCUUCCAUGUGAUACCUCAUUAUAGUCUAGUCACAAGGCCGCAGAGCUGACUCCUCCCAUUACUGCAUACAUCAAGCAUCAGAAGCAGGGCUGCAGAAAUAAGGCAUUGAUAAGUGUUUAUUUUUCUCCCUCCGACAUUACAGUCCAUUUCAAUGGAGCAAUGUGCGUCCAUUACCUGCUGCUAGUAUCCUGUAGCACAGUGUUAUGAUGUGUUGCCAUAGUGAUAUUUUAAAGGGUGUGUGUGAAAAUAUUAUGGGUGCAGUAUUUCCUUCCUUGGAAGUUUUUAACCCCAAAAGAGUCCAGAAUUGACAUCGUCAUUAAACCGACGCGCAUGCCUUGUAGCAGACUCGGGCACAUUGGUAAAACCGAAAGGAUACACCUGUGCGUAAGGCGGGAACACUUAAAUGUCGCAUAGUAAAUGCCUUGUAUCAUGGUCUUCAGUUACAAUUAAAUUCUUAAUGCAUCAUAUAAAAUUUUUUUUAGCGGUAUCACCCAUAUCUAGGAAACGGCUACACUGACGGUGAUUUUAAAAAUGCCUACACAAAUAAUUCAUGCAUUUAAUCCAAAUAAUCUCAAGUGAAAAAAGUGUGACGGUGCUCUUUUGAGGAGUUAAUCGAUGAUGUGUGAACAUUCAUUCAUUCAUUCAUUAUCCAAACCCGCUUAUCCUGAACAGGGGGGGUGGAGCCUAUCCCAGCAUACAUUGGGCGAAAGGCAGGAAUACACCCUGGACAGGUCGCCAGUCCAUCGCAGUACACACACACACACACACAC